AUGAAGAAGCAGCUACGACAAAGAGGAGGAAGAGCUAUUCUUUAUGGAACAACAAGAACAAGAUCCGAUCUGUUUGAAUCGUUACCUGAUGAGAUUGUUAUUGUAAUUCUGUGCAAGCUCACUUCUACGGCAUCUUCUCCGGCUGAUUUCGUCGCUGUUCUUCUUACAUGUAAAAGGUUGAAGAAAUUAGGCAUGCAUCCUCUGGUUUUGUCGAACGCAGGAAGCGGAGUUGUUUCCGUCACAGCUAAAAACUGGUCUGAUGAGGCUCACCGGUUUUUGAAAUUGUGCGUCAACGCCGGCAACAAAGAGGCGUAUUAUACUCUUGGAAUGAUCCGAUUUUAUUGUCUACAAAAUCGAGGAAGUGGAGCGUCGUUGAUGGCGAAAGCGGCGAUUAAUUCUCACGCGCCGGCACUGUACUCACUGGCUCUGAUUCAGUUCAACGGCAGUGGAGGCAAGAAAACCGAUAAGGACCUCCGAGCUGCAGUUGCUCUCUGUGCAAGAGCCGCUUAUCUCGGUCACGUCGACGCCCUCAGGGAGCUCGGACACUGCCUUCAAGACGGUUACGGUGUACGGAAAGACGUCGAAGAAGGACGCCGUCUCCUCGUCCAAGCCAACGCGUGUGAACUUGCGUCCGUCCUACGCGCAUUCAACAUUACGCAGUCUCAACGACCGGAUUUAAUAGAAUCAAAUGGAUCACCAUGCCGAUACGGUUCAGGCUUACCGGAGAAAAAACUCCACCCUGCGAACCGGUUUUUGAUUGAGUGGUUUGGGUUGAAAGGCUGCGGCGUUCCGGGUCCGGGUCUGAGAUUGUGCUCCGAUGGGUGGUGUGGGAGACCGGAGACCCGAAGGAAUGAGUUCAGAAGAUGUUCGGGUUGUGGGAUGGUGAACUACUGCUCACGUGGGUGUCAGGCGCAUGAUUGGAGGGUGCACCAUAAGAUUGAGUGCGCACCCAUGGAGGAAUGGAAUCAUGCGAUUGACGGUGUGGAUGAGGAACAACAGGUAACUGAUGAUCGGACGGUUGAGAUCGACGAAAUAGAAAGCGAUGAACCUCUGGACUCUUCUCUAUGA